AGGAUAUCCGCUUAUCUUAGAAGUGUCCGUAAAACGUCCUUAAAAGUUAAUUACAUACACAGUCUCUGAUCCUUCAGUGACGCUCAUCUAUCUUUGAGAAACAGACUGAUUUAAAAGGAGUUUAAGGUUUUGAAGAGUAUUUUUCAACUCGAGUAACUCCCGUUAGGCGAACUUCGAAAGGCAACACUCUCUGCGGUAAGGGGUGAUAUUAACUGAGGUACAAAUAGUGGGUCUCUCUUCAUUUUUAGUGUUUUUGUUUUUGUUACUGCUGUUCAUUACGUUGUUGUUAUUGGCGUUUUCACUUUACUUUCGAUUUUGCUAAAAUUUAUCUCCUUUUUUUUCGAUUUAAACCUGGCUCAACUCAACAAGGUGUGUUUGAACAUUGAGAUGUUUGAGUAGAUUUACCGAUUUACGCAGGCUCUCGGUCAAUGCGUUUAUGAAAACUGCGUAAUCCGUAGGGGUGUUUUAAUUAUUAAUACAUCUCCUCAAAUAGGGGCCCCCUUGAGAUUUGAUAUGCUUUAGCUUUGCAUUAACUUUGCCGAUACAAGUAUACGAAUAACAUUAUUUUACAAUUUUUUUGCCGUUGGUUGAUCUAAAUCAGCACACGGCCUAAUGGUAUGUGAAUAUGCAGCUGAUCUUCACUCCAAAUCCUUCCCCUACAUCACGCCUGCAUACAAAAGUGCUAGUGGACCAACGAUUUGAUCGACACCGUGGUCUGUAAACUUAUAAAACCAUUUGAGACGUCACAGGAUUAUGAAAUAUUGAUAUGUGAUUCUUGAUUCUGUCUUUUGAUCUGUUUUCUCUGUCUGGGAGUUACUUGUCUUAUCAUAUGCAUUGUAAAUAAGACCAAAUACAUCAAUGAUUGAAAAAAGCACCAAUUGAUACACCACUGAUACUGUUGCCAGGCAAGCAGCUCGUUUACUUAUGGGCCCUUUAUAUGUAUUCAUUUCCUUACAAUUAGGUUAGGGUGUAGUUGGUGAAGGGUACUUUAUUUUUCUCCCAUAUGUGUGCGACAUGUCUUUAUCAUGGCUAGGGAGAGUGUCACCCAUCAGUUAUUACACACUCACCUUUAGCCUCGAGUAGAGAAUUGUCUCGUCCAUGAAUCGCUCAAUUUGAAAUUUUCUUUUUUUUUCUUUCUUUGUCAGAUAAAGAUCAUAUAUAAAAAAUGAUCAUGGCAAGGCGAGAGUUCGCGUUUCUUCUUUUGUCCCUGAUAGUUCUUGCUAUCUGUGAGUUACCCAAACAUCCACGCAUUUUAAGGAAGAAAGCAGUUGACUUACAGGUAUUGUGAUUGCAAUCUUGAAGGCGUUGUUACUCAGUGCAUAAAGAGGUUUCGGCGACUUUUUCGUCUGUUUUGUUUGCGUUUGGUUUCUGGUAUCAACGUUUCCUCUGCACGAUUGUCCCUCUCCAUUAUUUGAUCGUUGUCAAUGAUCAGCGAAAAUAAAAUAUAAAUGGUUGAUCCAGUAAAUUAUUUAAAAUUCAAAUAUGUAUGGAUCACAAAUAAAGAUGAUCGCAUACAAAAAAAUGACUUUGUUAAAAGGAAAGUUUCUCAGUGUGCAAGGCGAAUGUUAUUUCAUACUGACGAGUGCAAGAGAUAUCUCAUAGAACGCAAAUAUGUGCGAUAAAAAGGAGGUCAGUUUCGUAAGAAACUGUGGUGCUGAGUCGGCGGGAGAGUAUAACAAGGUAAUUUGGUUUUAUCAACUGAGUUGAUAACGUAAAUUAGCCACCGUAAAGGGUUUCAAAGCUGAGGUUUCGAGCGUUAGCCCUUGGUCAGAGCGACUGAUGAAGGGCUAACGCUCGAAACGUCAGCUUUGAAACUCUUUACGGUGGCCAAUUCAUGUUAUCAACUCAAUUUAUGAUGCCAAAUACGUGCGAUAUAUUGGCAAAAUCCUUUUUUACCUGUUUUCUUUGAUGUUCAUUUUUUCAAAUAUGCAGCUCACGUUGUUCAUGACCAAAUUACAUACAGUCGGGACGGGAAAUUGGCCAAUUUUCUUAAGGUUCUAGUGCUCAAAAAACAUCAGGCACAAGAAAUUACCAUGGGCUCGAGUGCUUACAUUUUUUGUUUAUUCCUUGUUUAUUUUCGUUUUUGUUUUUCAUUUUUUAAUGAUUGGUUUUCGAGCGUGUUUAUCUUGUGUUUUUGCAAUGCUUUGCUGUUUCUUGAAUUCAUUCGUCGAAGUAUCUAUUAUGCCUAGAAUGUCAGGACGGAGAUGACAUCGGUCAAAAAGUUUCAAGAUGCAAUUCCAAGUGCGCCACUUGUCUCCAAACUCGAAACACGCUCGGCGGAGGCAUCUUCUACCGAUAAAGGACGAUUUCUGGGUGGAUACAAACGAUCAGGUCGUCGAUGUCUUUCUGGACACGUUUAUUUGUGUUUUCCAACUAAAAAAACGGGCAGAAGGCGAGAGUUUGUUUCGCACUAGAUGCCUGAUCCCACAGACGUUCAUUCACAGGUAUGCCCUAUAGAGAGAACCAAGACAAUUUAAUGCCUAUUUAAUAUCUUCUCCAUGCAUUCCUUAUUUCAAAGAGUACCCUCUUAAGACUCGAGAUGUAACACAGCCUUUGAGAUGUAAUGUUACAUUUACCUGAAGUGAUACUUCAAUAUUUGAGUAACCCAAUAGACGGCUUAUGAUUUGUCACGUGGGUCAAAUUUGCAACACAGGAUCGGUCAUAUUGGCUGAGUCCUCGUACUAGUUCUUCAAGCUUGAUGCUCUCUUGAGAGAUGAUAUGUUUACUUCAGUGGUCACAUUGAAGAUUGGUGGUGAGAAAUAUGUUGGGAUGGUGGGAGAAGACGAGACAAGUUUGUAAACCAUUCCUCUUCGACUCGUGAUCAUGACUUAAAAACGUUUCUCGUGUAGUCUCAACGUCCCGCGUGGGUUGUUACGUCGGUGAACCGAUGGAAAGUGCGCUCUGUUGUUUAAACGGUGGAGGAAGAAUUUCGGACUUUUCAUCUUUUAAAAGACAAGUGAUUCAAUAUGUGGGUAAUAAUGUAAUAGUACUUGAGAACGCUUCCGUAAAUUGAAUCCUUUUUGUUUCUAACAGAUUUGCACUUGAAGGAAAUACCUAACUUUCAAACAGCAGAGCCAGUACAGUAACUAAACAAGAGGCUUUGAUUGUAUUUAUGACUGUAAACAGACA